AUGGAAACCAAUUUAUCUGGUUCAAGAAAACGAAAACUACCUGAUCAUCAAAAUGAUGCUGCCACGUUAAAAUCAGCCAAAGUUAGUUUACUGGUUUGUGUUUUACAAUUUUCCACUAUGUUUCUGUAUCAAAACCUAAUCCUACUUCUCAUGGGACAUUUGUUCCACGAUCCAUCGAAAAAUGAGUUUACAGUAUUUGUAAGUAAUCUUGAUUAUUCAGUCAGUGAGGAACAAAUUCGGCAUACUUUUGAAAAGUGUGGAAAUGUGACAUCUGUUCGUCUCGUACGUGAUUACGCUGGUCGGUCGAAAGGAUUCGCCUAUGUUGAAUUCGAAAAUAAAGAGUCUGUGAAAAAUGCACUUACACUGGAUAGACAAGGAAUUACACGUCCGACCUCAGAAAGUGUGCCAUGUGACUCUGAUAGCCAAAAACAAAAAGAAGAGGAUAAUGCAACAAUUCCAAAACCACCUAAUUGUUAUGAUCGUCCAAUGUUUGUAUCGAUAUGUGAUCCAAGCAGACUUAAAUCAUGUGGAUUUAAAUAUACGGUUGGCAAAAAAGAACCUGAAAAGUUAUUUGUGCGAAAUUUAGAUAAAGCUGUAAAAAAUGAAGAUUUGGAAAAGUUAUUCAAGCAGUAUGGAAAUAUAGUGAGUAUUCGUCUAGCAACAUAUCGUAACGGUGUCCCAAAAGGUCAUGCCUACAUUGAAUUCACGAAUGCAGAUGAUGCCAGUAAAGCGUUAGUUGCCACAAAUGGCUUAGAAUUCAGAAAUAAAAUAUUGUCAGUAUCUAUUAGUGAACCACCUGUACGUGAUGGAAGUGGUCCGCAAGGCUGUAAAUCAAUUACAUCAGAAGAAAAAAGUGUUCAAAACCCCACAAAUUAUUAA